AUGACUGCCGCCGAGCUGCUCCGCUCCCAGCUCGAGGAGCACAACAUCGAGGAAGAUGAGCCUAUCCUUGAGGAUGAUGAUGACGACCAUCAAGACGAUAACGAGGAUGAGGAUGAAAUGGAUGACGAUGAUGUUGAGGGAGGUGAUGCUAGUGGAAGAUCUAGGAGUGAGAAGAAGUGCAGGAAAGCCAUGGAGAGGCUUGGCAUGAAGGCCAUUACUGGUGUGAGCCGUGUAACUAUCAAGCAGAGCAAGACCGCUACGUUUGUCCUCUCCAAGCCAGACGUCUUCAAGAGCUCGCACUCAGAAACCUAUGUCAUGUUCGGGGUGGUCAAGAUGGAGGACAUGGACGCUAAGCUGCUGACAGAAGCGGCGGGGCAGUUCAAGGCGCCGGGACCGGGCAGCGUCAUCUCAAAGGGUGAGCCGUCCGUGGCAGCAGCCCAGGACGACGAGGAGGUCGACGAGACGGGCGUUGACAACAAGGAUGUUGAGGUCGUGAUGGUGCAGGCCUCUGUGUCGAGGUCCAGGGCUGUGAAGGCGCUCAAGGCGCUGAUGGUGACAUUGUCAGCGCCAUCAUGGAGUUGA